UAUAUUAUCAUAAUUUUGUUCGUUAUCAUUUACCAUAAAUUAUUGUUUAUAAAUUAUCAUUAUACCACGGUGGUUCUAAUACAAAAUAUACUGAUUACUGCUCGCCCCGCGAACGUAGGUAAUAAUAUUCAUUAUGGGUAAGUCUGACCUUAAAGUUUACUUAGUACUGUUGGUGGCCGCGUCUGCUGCAGAGGACGUUGGCGAGGACUACGAUUACCUGUACUCAGACUUCUUCCCGGAGUUGUCAGCCCAGCCCUCGGGACUGGACACCACGGACGCAGAUUCUGACAAAAUGCACGAGCUUCGGUCUGUCAACUGCAUGGCAGUACCAAAAUUGACCACGGUCCAUGACGACUUGGGCUUGCUAUUUAGGUCCACGCCACUACCACGACCGCCUCCGAUCAACCCACGAAUAAACACGAGCGGAGCCGACCGCGGGUUGCGACAGACGCAGCAUGCUUCAGAUUUCGAUGAUAUGGAGUCGGACGUGAUGAUGAUACCCGUUGUAAAUCGCGUUCGAACGAGCACAACUAAGCGAUCAACGUUAUUCGUAAUUGCAUCAAAUCGCGUUUUUGACUUCCGGUGGAACGAUUUGAUAAAAAAGACUAAGAAAAUACCACAAUAUUCAGCGACAGGCGAUAGGUAGUCUUUAAUAAUGACUUAUAUAAUAGCCAAUAGGUAUAUAGCCAUAAAAAUAAUACCUAUACAUUAAAUAUACCAUUGACCAUUGUCCAUUUGUACUAAAUUGUAAAUAAAGUGUAAUAAAUUGUUAUUUUAUAUAUACAUUUAUAUAAUAUGUAUCAUAAUUCAUAUUGUUCUGUGUAUGUAGUAUGUACAAUACCAUCAAUGUGAUAAUCAGUGAUUCUUAUUGCCUAUCCACAUUAAU